AGGCCCGGCGGCAGGUGCUGCAGCAGCGCCGCUUGCAGUCGGAGCAGUCCGCGGAGCUGGGGCGGCUGGAGCUCGCCGUCCUGGAGGGCGGCAGCGCGGCCUGGCAGUGCCGCUGCCGUCGCUGCGACAUGUGCGUGGCGAGCGUGCACGUGCUGCUGCGGGCGGCAGUGCGGGUCUGCACCACGGUUGCUGGCCUUGUUCUAAGGCGCCCCCCGGCACGCGCCCGUGGACGCCGGCGCGGCGAAGGGCCGGCGGCGCAAGGCGCUGGCGGAGGUGGCCGCGGCCGUGGGCCUCGCGGCGCACCUGGACCCGCAGCUGGCCGAGCUCGCCGCGCUGCUGUGCGCGCGGCGGGGCCCAGCAGGAGGGGAGGUGGUCCUCCCGCUGCGCCUGCGCCCCGCGGACGCCCCCGCGCUGCCACCGAAGGGCGCCGCGCCGUCCGCCGCGUCCGCCACGUCCCCGCCGCCGCUGGCGAGGCCCCUGCGCCGACACCUCAAGAUGGGGUUGGCGGUUACACGCCCUGGCGGGCCACGAACGAGCUGUGGUGGCACAACUACUCGCAGUACCGCCCGGAUGUGGUCCUCGAGGUGCAGGCGAUGCGGGAGGUGCUCGGAUUCUCGGCCGUCAGGGUCUUCCUGCACGACAUGCUCUGGGACGCCGACGCGGAGGGCCUGAAGAGGGUUGUCCCCGCGCAGUGCCGGGCGCCUGUCCGUGGACGAAGGCGUGGGCAGGGGAGGCGGAGUCGCACUGAGGUCCACAGGCCGGCCGUGCUUAACUACCUGGCGGGCGCCUGCUCUCUUUGCUCCGCUUCGUCAUUUUUUUUAACGUUCUUUUCCCGCGGCGCCUGUCAGGUGGAUUCGCCCCCCCCUG